AUGAUUGACCCGGUUAUUAUAGAAAGUGGUCUGCAAAAAGUAAAUUCACGUAAGCUUGAAGAUGCCGAUAAACUUGUCGCCAAGUACUUUGGAAAUAUUUGGAGAACAAUGGAAGAACACUGUGCCAAGAUGGUGAAAGAAGUAAGAGCUCUAGGAAGUCCUUGUGGAACUAUUCUGGGAUCUAUUGGACUGGGCAUAAUAUAUGGUCUUAAAGUCAAUCUCCACGUUGCUAUAGUUAGUAUGGUGAAACAUGGUCCAUCGAACUCUACUCAAAGUCAAAAUGUUACUCAUAAUCUGACCAGACCAGCUGAAACGUGUGGGGAAGAAGAUAUUACCAACAGUACCACAAUCACAGCAGAGCAAGGACCUUUUGAUUGGUCCACAUCAGUCCAAGGCCUUUUACUGAGCGCGUAUUUCUGGGGUUAUAUAGUAGCACAAAUACCCGGUGGCAGAAUAGCCGAACUCUUUAGUGCUAAAUGGGUGAUGUUCUUUUCCGUUACCAUCAAUGCAGUAUGUACACUUUUAACACCUGUCAUGGCCAAUCUACACUUUGGUGCUUUGAUUGCAAUGCGAAUUGGUGAAGGUAUAGGAGGAGGUGUUACUUUUCCAUCCAUGCACGUAAUGUUGGCGCAUUGGGCUCCUCCGAAUGAAAGAAGUGUUAUGAGUAGUAUUGUUUACGCUGGAACAGCUUUGGGUACGGUGGUAUUCAUGUUGAUAUCUGGAAUAAUUGCGGGAAAUAUAGGCUGGGAAGCUGUUUUCUACAUAGAAGGAGGAAUUAGUAUAGUGUGGCUGCUUUUAUGGGGAAUAUUUAUAGCAGAUACCCCAAAAAGUCAAAGGUUUAUUUCUGAAGAUGAACGGAAAUUUAUAGAAUCAUCACUGAAUCAUGGAUCAGAGUCAAAACAAGAGACCAAAUAUCAAAUGCCUUGGAAAUCAGUACUAACAUCACCAGCGUUUUUGGCAAUAUUGGUAGCUCAUACUUGCUCUAAUUGGGGUUGGUAUAUGGUCCUCAUCGAGCUUCCUAUGUACAUGAAAAAUGUGCUACGUUUUAAAAUAUCGGAAAAUGCCAUUCUGACUGCACUUCCGUUCUUGUGUAUGUGGUUGUUUAGCAUGAUUCUAAGUAAAACUUUGGACACUCUCAGAGCUAGGAAGAUUAUAACUACAACAAUAGCCAGAAAAAUUGCGACUGGAUGUGCUAGUAUUGUUCCUAUGAUCUGCUUCAUUGCACUAAGUUAUAUAAGUUGUCAAAGGGCGGUGGCAGUAGUGCUUAUGACAAUUGCGAUUAUGUCUAUUGGAGGAAUGUUCUGUGGAUUUUUAUCCAACCACAUCGAUAUCGCGCCCAAUUUUGCUGGAACCUUGAUGGCAUUGACGAACACCAUUGCAACUAUUCCUGGAAUUAUUGUACCCGUAUUUGUAGGAAAACUGACUGAACAUGAUGAAUCUAUAAAAUCAUGGAGAAUAAUAUUUUGGACUACAGUAGGACUAUAUAUUGUAGAAAUUUUGGUAUAUAUGAUAUUUGGUUCUGGAGAAGAACAACCUUGGAACAAAGUUGAAGAUAUAGCCAAUGAAACUCAACCGCUGAAACCAAAGAAAGAAGAAUUAAAGAAGGACUUAAAUCUAGCCGAAAAAAGCUCACCUUAA